GAGGCAGAUCAUUACAUCCUGAUCUGAAGGACGGUGGUGCACUACAAAUUUCAUUAGUUAGAUUUCAAAUUGAUUAUUAUCCGUAUCAUCUGGCAAUGGCGGACAGAAAACAUUGGGCCAAGUACAGAGAGAAUGCCACACCUCAUAAUCAAUGGUUGCAACAAUCGUUGAGUUCGUUCCGAAGUCAGUUUAUGGAUCUCAUAGAUUCUGGAAGAACACAACAUUCUCCGUUAACAAGAAGUCAAGGAAACGUAACAGCAGCUAGCGGUACGAAAGGUUCCAGAGAGCAUUUGGAGAAAAGUAAUCAACCACAAAAUCCAAAUGUCACACCGUCUGAGCAAAAAAAGGCGCAACAUCCUAGUGGUAAUCCC